AAUGAAUCGGUAAACAACGAAUCCCACGCUCUUCUCGUUUGCCUCGAUGAGAAGCUUAUCACAAAGGUUAAACGGAAAUCGAAAUGUGAGCGUUCGUCAUGAACAGCCGGUUGUGGCUGGUUGCAGGGUUUCUGGAGCAGAAGAGUCGUGUCAUUCCCCCUUCUGUCCUCUCGUACCCCCCCUCCCCCUCCUUGUGUGUUCCCCUGUGUGUUAGUGACCCCGCAACCCCACCCGCUCCCAUCUGAACCCCAGUGUCGUGUCGCUACUCCAAUCCGAAGCCGCCCUCUCACCCCAUGCUUGGGACAAAGCCAGCUCACUGCCAGCCCAAUGACUGCCUGGAUCGUCCUGCCUGUCAGCCUGUCUGCCUUCUCCAUCACAGGAAUAUGGAUAGUAUACGCAAUGGCUGUGAUGAAUCACCAUGUUUGUCCAGUGGAGAACUGGUCUUACAACGUAACGUGCACAGAGGAGCUGCUCCGACCAGGGUUUCCCAAGACCUGUUGCACCAUCCAGGACAUCCCCCUCAUCAGUAAAUGUGGUUCUUACCCUCCUGAAAGCUGCCUGUUCAGCCUCAUUGGCAACGUUGGAGCCUUCAUGGUGGUGAUGGUGUGCCUUCUGCGCUACGCCCAGGUGAUCGAACACAGCCACAGAUGUUGGGUGAACACCAGUGCUCUGGUGUCAGGCUGCACCAACGCAGUGGGUCUGGUCAUGGUGGGCAACUUCCAGGUUGACCACGCCAAAUCUCUUCACUAUGUCGGCGCCGGCGUGGCCUUUCCAGCAGGGCUUCUCUUUGUGUGCUUACAGUGUGUGCUCACCUAUCGGGUGGCAGUAACCGCCCUCGACUACUGGAUGGCUCACUUCCGUGUGGCUCUGGCACUCGGCGCCAUGGUCUCCCUCGUUCUCAGCGGCAUCUUCUUUGUACACGAGAGCUUCACGCUCCAGCACGCCGCCGCCAUCUGUGAGUGGGUCUUCACCGUGGACAUCUUGGUCUUCUACGGCACCUUCACGUACGAGUUCGGCACCGUCACGGGCGAGACCAUGAUGGCGGGCCUGCAGCAAUGCCUCCACCACGGCUCAGGGGUGAUCUUGGGCCCCAGGGCUCGGGACUCCACGCUGGGAAGCGGCGCUACCACCAAGGGCCUCAAGUCGCCCGGUGGAAGCAGCACAUCCACACAUCUCAACUGUACCCCCGAGAGUAUAGCCAUGUUGUAGCUCUGGCGCUGCUGAGGAGCUUCCUGGACGGUCAGCACAUGCAAAGAUGAUGAAAAGCGGCAUGCGAAGGAAGAGACUAAGUCCUGUUUUCAUAACCAAUCCAAGCAACUCCUGUCUGUAAUGCUGUAAUAUCCUCUUUUAUCCCCAUGAGGUGCAAGACGGCUUGUUUGGAGCUUCGGUCUGCCGUCGUCAUGGGACGUGUUCUCACAACAUAUAAGCAGGAAAUCAUAUGGAAAGUUAACUACAGGUGAGGUUCCAACUCCAAAGGUUCUGCUGCAAUACCGCCAUUAUUACUUUCACGAGUCAUUCAUUCAAAAGCUAUACGCCCUUUUCUACCAAUUGCUUGUGUUAAGUUUUUCUUACUAAGUUGUAGUCGAGACUGAUUUGUGUAGUGAUGCUAAAGGAAUGUGUCGUUUGAGCACUGAAUGUUUCCAAAUGGAUGCGCACUACCUCUUAACAUGGAGGUCAUGUGUUUUUUUUUUAAGUGUGCUUGUGUCUGUUAGCAGGAUGAUGCUAAACUAAAAGAUGGAAGGUAUGUAGAUCUUCAGAGAACUAGGAUGCCUUGGUGGAGGUUUUCUUCUCCCACAUUGUCUUUUGUUGGCUGAUGUGGCCUUUUCCACUUUUCAUCACCGAUUCAUGGAUCUGACGUUUGCUUAUCUCUGCACGGACGGCACUUUCUGAAUGACGAGAAUAUUCCGGUAGUUUGUGUCGUAGGCUAGAGGAUUUCAAAUGCCUUUUUUUUUAUUCCUUCAAAAAUUGUCUUUGUAAUUUCUGACGAAGAUCCCGACGUCGGUUUUGAUUCUUUGAAUUUUAAACACAUUGAAACACUGCAUCCAUGUAUCUUCUAGGCGCCGGGGGCAUGCUGGAGCCUAUCCCAGUUGAUAAUGUAGAGGCACCAAUUAUUUGGAAUGUUAUAUUUAAAAGUGUUUAGGAUAAGGCUGGUCCCUGGGUCCCCCCGUAUGCCAGUUUGAGGAGCUGAAUGGUGUUUUGAGUCAGACAACGGACAAAGCUGCGGAGUACAUCGGUCCUUUCAUGGCGUCACAGUGCCAAUUCCUCUAUCAUGAUUUCCCUAUAUCCCACACUCCAGGCAAGCACUCACAUGUUAAUUGUUCACAUGUAUGUGUCCCAAUAACAGGCUAGACCCUCACAGUAUUCUGCAUGAAGCCAUCAGUUUUCCCACAUUUUUUUCUGGUCUUGAACAGCAGGCCGCAGAUGAAAGUGCUUGUUUCUGUUGUUUUGCACCUCAUGCCAAAAAACUUGUUUCAACUUGCUGUAUGGAUUUGUAUGCAUUAAUGAUUUUUAGCCUUAUCCCUCAUUAUGUGCCAGGGGAAAUCCAUGUCGUUUAUUUGACUCGUUUGUGUUCCGCCUUAGCCCACCUCUCACCCUUCUGAAAACAAAAGGUGUGAUACUUCUACUGGCAGCUUGUAUGAGCCAUCAUGUCAGGUUGGACUUCUUAUUCUGCAUCAAUACAAUCUGCCAUGUGGCCAAAUUCAACACUGGAUUUUUUCAAUCUUUUAUGUAUUUUUCAGUAGAAAAUGUGCACAUCAGUACAAAAGGUCCUGAUGGAGAACUUUUCAUGUUGUCAACUCGGACCAAUUUUUUUUUUCCCCCUCUACAUUCUGUAAAUAUGUAGGAUCUGUUUGUCAUCUAGGUAUUUUGAUUUGACAGAGAUUUAUAUUCAAAUAUGAAAUAAAAACUUAAAUUAUGACUGUGUUUG